GUCAUUUUGGAGGCUUUAACUAGUUAUGUGAAGGCCAAUGAGCGUCGCCAAUGAGGUGACUACUCCCUAAAGGUAUGUUCCCUCGGCCGAAUAAGAUGCACCUGCAACAAAGCGGCUGAAGCGCACGUUUAAUUCCACGAGCGGAGCGUCAAAGCAGUGCGGGACAAGAGCUGUUGUUUUGGCUUUUAUUUAUUUAUCUAUUUAUUUAUUCGUUUUAACUCGGUCGCAAACAAAUCAGGAAUCCUGGGUCCACUCCGGGUCAGCAUGUCAGAGCAGAUGGACCAGGUAUCCAACCGCUCCGGGGUGGGCAGCGAUGACAUUACAGAUGACACAACAUCACUGGCGGAUUUAAGGUGGAGCUCAGAGGAAGAAGAUAGCUCUGACUAUCAGGCACAGUGUCUUGCCACGCCUCAAACUCCUGUGGCCACCUACAAGCAGAGGUUUGAAGAGUUUAAGAAGUUGUUCAAAGAAGUGCCCGAAUCAGAGAGACUCAUAGUAGACUAUCCAUGUGCCCUCCAGCGGGAUAUUCUCCUUCAGGGACGCCUCUACCUCUCACAGACCUGGGUCUGUUUCUACAGCAAUGUGUUUCGGGGUACGAAGAUCGCACUGACUCUUAAAGACGUCACGAAUAUGAGCAGGGAGAAAACGGCUCGGCUGAUUCCCAACGCCAUCCAGAUCCACACAGCCACAGAGAAGUUCUUCUUCACCUCCUUUUCAGCAAGAGAGAAAAGCUACCAGGGUGUUUUCCGAAUGUGGCAAAACACACUGAUGGACAAGCCUCUGACCAGCCUCGAGUUGUGGCAGAUGGUUAAACAGCAUUAUGGGUCUGAUUUGGGUCUGAGCCAUGAGGAGAUGGAGAGUUUACAGAUAGCAGCAGAAUCCAGCAUGCAGACCAGCCUGACAGCGAGGCCUGGCGGUGAUGAUGCUCCUGGGAGACUGGAGCGUCCCCACAUCCUUCGCCUCCCUGCCGUGGAGCAGGGACCCUUAGAGGCCUCCACACCUCAAGGGGAGGACUUGCCUUCCCCUGUCGGCUCACAGAACUCAGCCAACAUGGAUGAGUCUCGUACCACUCCAUCUCAGUGGCGUAGUCCUGUCCCCUCGCUGGACCGCCUCGCCCCACAGCGGCUCUCCAAACGCUCCACGCUUUCCCUUGACCUCAACGCCAACGAGAACGGUGCAUCCCAGCAAAGCGGCUCGGAAAGCAUCGAGGAAGUGGAGGAGCAAGUUGGUCCUUCCCAGGCGUCGGGUCGACUGUAUCUCAACAAAGUUUUCCACAUCAGUGCCACCAAAAUGUUUGAGCUGCUCUUCACCGACUCCAUCUUCAUCCGCAGGUUUAUGAACGUCCGUAAGAUAACCAAUGCCAGCUUCACUCCCUGGCAAAAAGAUGCGUCUGGAAACAUGAAGCGGACUCUGAACUACACAAUAACCAUCAGCAACCCUCUGAUUGGGAAGUUCUCCACUGCGACAGAGCACCAGACGAUGUAUAAAGAAUCCAGGGAUGGUCAUUACCUUGUUGACUCAGAGGUGUAUACUCAUGACGUCCCCUAUCAUGAUUACUUCUACACUCAAAACCACUACAGCAUCAAAAGUAACUCGAAGCGGAAGUGCCGCCUGAGGGUGUACACUGAUGUGAAAUACAAGAAGCAGCCAUGGGGCCUGAUCAAGUCCUUUAUUACCAAAAACUCCUGGAGCGGAAUAGAAGAUUAUUUCAGACAGCUGGAGGCAGAACUUCUGGAGGAGGAAGUAGACAUCAACCAAGGAGGUGGAGAGUCUGGGAAGAUGGUUGGACUCAGGAGGAGGAGGCGAACUUACAGCCGGACUCUGCCAGAGCACAUAAAGCCCAACAAGCAGUACGGGCAAGAUUCUGAACAACACAGAGACGGCAACAUGGGCCCCAUUGAAAUGAAAGGCCCCUACAGAUGGAACACGACUACGAUAGUUGUUGGGAUGAGUGUGAUCUUGCUGAUUCUGGCGAUGCUCAACCUGGGCCUGUUUUAUAAGUUGUGGGCGAUGGAGGAUAUAGCCCACCGCAUGUAUCUGACCACGAAGCACCGGCUGAGGGAGAGGAGCGAGGCCAGUUUGGCUCCUCAAUAUAGUCCCAAACAGGCACCAGCAUACAGGACCGCAGAGGAGAUGCACAUGCUGAAAGCUGUGCUGCAAGACUCCAUUAACCUUUUAGAACAGCUCCGCAGCUCUCUGGUGGUUCUGCAGCAGAACUUUGCUUUGGCCAAUCGGACAGCGGCACCGCAGUGAUGCACCCACACCUGGGGACCACAGAGCACCUGCUUACUGGCCCUGUGGAGGGGAAAAUAGGACUGAACUGCCUCAGAGGAAACCUCCACAGGAUGUUGCCAUGUAGACGUCCCCAGACCCCUGACGUUGCCAUGUGUUGCCGGGGGUUUAGUCGAUCCGAAGCUUGCGGAGAGGCAUCAGGUGCCAGGAUGUUUGUAAAGCUGCAAACUGUCUGCUGGGAGGACACACACAGAGCAGAGGGUUUAGAUUUCUGCUGGGUGCUAUUGUCAGCUCCCACAGCUGGCUUCUUUUUCACUCUUUUCUUAAACAGUGGCAUCGGAUUUCCUGACACGUUUUAAUGAGCCUCGUGCCCCAUGAAGUACACUACUGUAAAUACUUUUACUUUUGUUUUAUCUUUGGAAAGUGAAUCAAUAUUAUUUAAAAGAAACUAAUUCCGCAUUACAUUUUUUUGCACAUAUUUUAAUUUUUGCGCACGUCUUGUGAAUUAGGCUGUGUUUUAGAUCUGUUUUUUCUAAUAAAAGUUGUUGAAUCGGUGACUCAAAUUUGACAAUUUGUCUACUUUUUUGUAAUCAUGAAUCAUCCUCUUGUACAUGUAAACUAUAUUUUUGUUAUCUGGUGGACAGAGCAUGUUGCUGAAUGUCUCUUUUAAAAAAAAAAAAAAAACUAAUACGUAUUUUACUGAUCAAAUUCUGGACAGUAACUGAAACAAGCCAUAUGAUGAAAUGCAUCUUUAUCACCUGGUUUGUCUACUUUUCCUCUUUCUUUUCUUCUAAGUUAAGAAAACCUACUAUUUGCUUUGCACUUUUGAUGUUGGUGUUAUUUCAGUUAAGGUGGAGUAUCUCAGUACUGUGCACUCUGUCAACACUAGAUGCAAGCUUGUUCUCUGAUUUCCAGAUUUGUUAAGAUCCGUAAUCAUUGUAUGUUUUCUUCAUCAGUCGUUGAUCUGCAUCUACAGUUGCCCUGAGCCUUGUUUGAUGUUUACAAAGUGUUGCUGUCAUUCUGGAAUUUUUAAGCCAAAAUGCAAUACAAUUUUGCUAAGCUGCCUUUUCCUCACUCACUGUACAGAGAAAACCAGUCGUGCAAACCAGACCUCAUUUAUUAUCGACUACUAUUUGGUAUCUCGCCAGACACAUUGUCACAGACUGUUUAAAUAAAGAAUAUUUCUUACCCUAUUAA